CCAUGUCCACCCACCGCCUGGUCAUCGUUCGUCACGGUGAGAGCGCAUGGAAUCAGGAGAACCGAUUCUGUGGCUGGUUUGAUGCAGAGCUGAGUGAGAAGGGGGUUGAAGAGGCCAAGCGAGGGGCCCAGGCUAUCAAGGACGCCAAGAUAGAGUUUGACAUCUGCUACACAUCGGUGCUGAAGCGGGCCAUCCGCACACUCUGGACCAUCCUAGACGGCACCGACCAGAUGUGGCUGCCCGUGAUUCGCAGCUGGCGCCUCAACGAGCGGCACUAUGGGGGCCUCACAGGCCUCAACAAGGCCGAGACUGCCGCCAAGCACGGGGAGGAGCAGGUGAAGAUCUGGAGGCGCUCUUUCGACAUCCCACCUCCCCCCAUGGAUGAGAAGCACCCCUACUACACCAUCAUCAGCAAGGAACGUCGGUACGCAGGCCUGAAACCCGAAGAGCUACCCACCUGUGAAAGCCUUAAGGACACCAUCGCCAGGGCCUUGCCCUUCUGGAACCAGGAGAUUGCCCCCCAGAUUAAGGCUGGCAAGCGGGUGAUUAUUGCUGCGCAUGGCAACAGCCUUCGGGGUAUCGUCAAACACCUAGAAGGAAUGUCUGACCAGGCCAUCAUGGAGCUGAACCUACCCACGGGGAUCCCCAUCGUGUACGAGCUGGACAAGGCGCUGAAGCCUACCAAGCCCAUGCAGUUCCUGGGCGACGAGGAGACCGUCCGGAAGGCCAUGGAAGCGGUGGCAGCUCAGGGCAAGGCCAAGUGAGGGGUGGGCUUUGGGCAAUAAAG